CGCACAUCACUAGUAUGUACUUAGCGAGCAUAGGAAGUGGUGUCGUCCGUCGUCAAUUUUCCAAGAAAAUAUUUGUUAUUGUACUGGAAUAAAGUAAUUUUUCAAUGAAAACCUUCUAACCACUACGAAUUAGUAACUUAAUUUUAUUGAAUAUUUAAUACUUGUCACUCGGUCGUAGUAUAUCCGUCGUAUUUCAAUUGUUUUGAUGCCGUUCACCUAUAUUGAUUUAUCGUAUGCCAGUGACCUGUUUUUAGUAUUUGUAAUGUAUAACUCAUAAAUAAUUAAUUUAUCAUCAUUAGAAGCAACAGUAGGGCUAAUUAGAAAUGAAGUUUUGAUUAGAAAUUCUUCGCAAGAAAGCGUGAUGUGGUGGAAGUCAGUGAUACUGGCAAGGGUCCGUAAUUUUUUUAUGUGAUAUCGAGUUUUAUAUUAUUUGGAACGUUCCAAAAGUUUUUAUAUCGUUAUGGUGUGUAUGUUCUACAAUGAUGACGCCUAUUGAGGAGAAGAAAGAUGAAAAGAUACGUACAGGCAUGGUGCAGGUCUCGGACGGCAAGUCCCGCCCGAGGCCGGCGCGGCUGGUACUCACGAUGGAUGCGGUGACCGUACAGCGCGAGGCCCCUGUGCCUGUGCAGCCGACCAAGGAUAAAAAUGUGCCACAUGCUAGGGAGCGAAUGGUCCAAAUCACACGGCAGAAAGUUGGCGGUUUGGGGCUUAGCAUAAAAGGUGGUUCUGAACAUAAGCUACCUAUCCUCAUCUCGAAGAUAUACAAGGACCAGGCGGCUGACCAGACCGGUCAGCUCUUUGUUGGAGACGCUGUUAUUAAAGUUAACGGAGAGUACAUAACGGCAUGCAAGCACGACGAUGCAGUGAACAUAUUGCGGAACGCGGGAGACAUAGUGGUGCUCACUGUCAAACACUACAGGGCCGCUACACCUUUUCUGCAGAAACAAGCGGACGGAGCCUCGGACACGGACAGUAGUACGGGCGACGACCACCCGUCGCUACACAACAAGAACGUAGACGCCAACUGCAAUACUGAGAAGAACACUGAACAAACCAAUGGCGGUUGGCAGAGUGCGUGGGGCGAGUGCGAGGACGUGUUGUCCCGGCCGGGCAGCGCCACGGGCUCCGUGCGCGGCUCGCGCCCGCCCUCCGUCGCCUCCGACAUGCCCUGCGACACCAACCGCGAGUGGGUCGACGUUGUUUCUGUUCCAUUGAUGAUGGGCUACGUCACAAGAUACGUGUUAGGAACAGAUAAACUACGACCUGGCGCGUUUGAGGUUCGCGGUGCCCGUCCUCACCUAACAACGGGAGUGAUCCAUGCAGAAGACCCGGCGGCACUCUCACAGUGGCUCAAAAGUAUCUCCGACAACAUUGUGGGACUCACUAACCUACAGAUGAAGUUGUUCAAUCGCCACUUCGGCCCGGGCGAGCGCAUCGAGUACAUGGGCUGGGUCCACGAGGGAGUAGUCCAGGCUCAGCAGCCCUGGCAGACUUACAGACCCAAGUUCCUCGUACUCAAGGGGACUGAUGUUAUGCUGUUUGAUGUUCCACCCAUGUCGAGUACGGAGCUGGCGAAGUGUCCGGAGAGCCUGAAGGUGUACCAGACGAUGUUCCGCACGGUGAAGGAGAGCGAGACGGUGGACUGGCGCCAGCACUGCUUCCUCGUGCAGAGCUCGGCGCCCGGCCCCGCCGGCGCCGCGCCCCCGGGGCCGAGGUACUUCAGCGCAGAGACCAGGCAGGACCUGCUGCGGGUCGAGGCCGCCUGGACCACCAACAUCGUCAACUCCGUUAUACGGCUCGGGAAGAAAACGUUCACUGUAGUACACAUGGGUCGCGCGGCGGGACUGACGUUAGACUGGGCGGCCGGGUUCUCACUCAGUGAGGGCACGCCCGGAGCCAAGCCUGUUUGGGCCUACCGGUUUUCUCAACUCCGAGGAUCCAGUGAUGAUGGCAAAUCUAAAUUAAAACUACACUUCCAAGACUCUGAGACUAAAGUUAUUGAAACAAAGGAACUAGAAUGCCAGAUCCUACAGAGCUUAUUGUUUUGCAUGCAUGCGUUUCUGACGGCGAAGGUAGCGUCCGUCGACCCUGCGUUCCUCGCGUCCAUACAACAGUCCAAUUAGAACCUUAUUUCAAUAAAUACAAGGUUGGUUAUUCAUUAUUUUAUAAUUGGGCACACUAAUGGAUCACGUUGAUAUUAUACAAAGUAGGGUAAUAUGUGAGUGUUCAUGAGUUUGUAUCUUAAGCAUGAAUGGAGUAAAGGUGUACGUGUGGCGUUUGAAGUUAAAUAAUCCAUUAGUGGCCCAAACAAAUACUCUAUAAUUUUUACUCAAGAGUUUACGUUAUGUAGAUUUUUUUUAUACUUAACAUAUGAGGAAUACGAAUGACGGACUAGUAUUAAAUCCACUUGGGUUAUUGAAGUUCCCAUUUAUAUUAUUUGUGAUAUCGCAAAGAUCUAUUGAAAUAACGGAGUCCGAAAUGAUAACAGAGGUCAGUAUAGUAACUUCCUAAUUAUGAUUUACUUUACGUAUAAAGUGAAAUGAAUACUACUUUAGUCAAAGGCCUAAACAUUUAGAACCCAAACAGCGAAUGUUGAAAGACUAAAUUAUAAAUGUAGCACUGUUGUCUCUUACAAAUCUAUUUUUGAAUCUUACUUCUAUCGUUAUUAGGGUGAAAUUUGCAUAAUACCCUCGUCUUCCCUGUACAUACUUUCUAGAAUCUUCUAUUUAUUGCUUGGAGUCUUUAACAUCACAAUUUUUCUUCAGAGAAACACAAACAUCGUAUAAAUGGAUUUUAUGCUCCAUAGAUUUAUUUACAUUUCUGAGAGUAAAAUCAUGAUUUAUAUCAUAGUGUCAACAGAAUAUAAUUAAAAUCUUCCACAAACACAUUUUCUGAAUAUGUAGCAAAAUGAACUAAGUAGUCCCAAUCUCUUAAUUUAAGGUUAUCCAUUCCGAUCCAAAGUACCUUAAAAGCUGAUAUAAUAAAACACAUUUUAAUAAUAAUAUCUAACUUAAUGACGAUCGACAAAUAACUAUGUAUAAUUAGUAUUUGCUAAUUACGUGGGAUACUACACACAAACUCAAUUGUAGUACGUAUUAGUUACACUAUAAAAAUGUAACAAAAUGGAGAUGUCUCUUUAAAAAAAAAACGAUAAAAACAAUAAUUUAUCAUUAAAACUAGAAAACAAAUGCGCUUUUAAAAAUAAAAUUGUUUGACGAAUUAUAAUACUCAUGAAUCGAAUUCUAUUAAGUCCAAUUUAUUAAAUUUUCUAAAACUUUCGAAUUGCUAGAAAAUUGGCGACGCGCAAUUGCAAAAGAAUGCAUAAAAUUGCAUCUUUUUAUUUUGAUCUUAAUAAUAAACUUUAAACUAAAUUGCUACACGGCAAAACUAUAAAAAAAUCCUCUAAUAUAAAUAAAGCGAAAAGACAAAAGCAAUAGUUUUCGACAACAAGAAAAUAUUUCGACAAAAAUCGUUAUGAAAUCGAAAUAAAAAAGUGUGAAUUCGAUAGUAAAUCGACAAAAUACUCAUUUUAGUAACGUAUAGUACUCAACACACCAAAGAUUUUUAAUGUUUGAUCGUUCAUAUUGUUAGCGGUAGACAUGUGUACGUGAUAUGUUCUCGAAAGAGGCUAUUUAUUGACUGAAAAGUAUCGAAGGUAGACAUGGACUGUACUCAAUCGAUACAUGGAUCUAUUAUCGUGAACAUUUAAAGCGUAGAUACAUUGAAAAGUAAUGUCCAUACAGUUGAUGACUAAUGAGCUUUGAAGCUGUGUCUCGGUGUCCAUCUAUCGAAGUGAGUACAUGUCCCAUGUUAAGCGUGAAUAGGUAUUAUUAUUAUAUUAGAAAUAUUUAUUAUAUAAAAUAUAUAUUAUAAUUACGAAACAUUUUAAAUUGUUUGAAAUUGGUAAACUUUGCGCUUGCUUCAUAUCAUUAAAUUUAAGUAAAUGAAUUAUAUCGUCGCCACUGAUAUGUUAUCGAAAUCAUAGAUUUUCUUAUACAUGGUGCUGUUUAGUGGCUGUUUGAGUGUUUAUAAUCUAAAAGACUUUAUUUUAGUGUUUUCCUUUUAUUGCUGAAGUAAAACUUCCUUAAGAAGAAUCAUCUGAUUGCUGCUGCAGCUGAUAUAUUGUUUACAUCUCUGUAUAGAAUAGCUUACACAGCCACUAACAAAUCACCACUCUAUUUAAUUUGUUGAUAUAAAGUUUAUAUUUUAUCUGUAAAACUUAUCUGCCUUGAGGCUCUAUAUUAUAGUAACUGUGUAGAUCUAUACAUUAUUUUAAACUGAACUAGUUAUAUCAUUUUAUAAAUGAAUUAGACUGUACUAUAUAAUAAUUAUUAUUAUAAUAUUUUAAGUAAGAAAUCGUCUGGAUCACAGUUUUAAAGUAUUUUAUUGUAAAGCAAACAUCAACCUUAUUGGAGAGUUAAUGAGAUAGCUUAUUGCAUACAAGAUACGCCCUUGUACUUCUAGUUUAAGUUUCUAAACACAUGAAACGUCCCAGAGUACAAGAGCACGCCUUUGAUAUCGACUAGUCUUCGUUAGUCGACAAUAAUGAGUACUGACUAGACUGAUAUUUCGAGGGGCGACAAGUACCCAGCUCUAUACACUAGUGUCGCGGUAUCGAUAAGCUACUCGUUUUGUAUCGAGUAACAAUAUGUCCAAACGAUCUUAGUAGGCACGUAGAGUAGACAGAUAGACCAUAGAUAACUGCCAGACCAUUUCUUAUAAGAAGACUAAAAUUGUUCAACACAUUUAUUUAGAGUACUUAUGAAGUAAUUGUUGAAGUAGGUGUUCGGCUAAAGAAUUUAAUUGUUUCAGUUGUAUAUUGUAUAGUUGUUUGUAUAAAGCCUUGUGUACUGUCAAUUUGUACUAACGUCGAUUGUAAUUACGGUAGGACUCGGGUUGAAUUAGGACUAUAUCUUUCACAUGCUCUAUCUUUACUUAAUUUCAUGAUUAUGACUUGAUAUUGGCAACGAUUCUACAUAUUUGGUUUUAGAGGAUAUUGAGGAAAUUAAAACAAUGAGCUCACUUUUGUAAUAGCGAACUUUGAAUAGUAAACGUCUUUGUUAACAAGGUGUGUGACAGAUAUGGACCAAUUUUAUACGUAUGUAAACAGUAUUACAUUAUUAUAUAACUCCAGACGAGUUUGCACGUCGUUAUAGAUUUUAUUUCUUCAUUAACGUAAUUAGAUCAUGAUUCACGUAUUAGUUUUGUGAAUAUUAUAAACAAUUUAAUGUCGGACAUUAUGUGAAGUAGCGAAUUAUUCGGUAAUCGAAUGUUUUAUAGUGGCGCCACACAUGUACCACGUGGCGUCGCGCACGCACUUUUGUUAAAUGUUUAGUAAAUACGUGAUUUGUCAUAAUACUCCUCUAUUGGGACUGUAACUUAUAUUAUUCUUUGUUAAAUACGUUUUAACUUUACAUUUAUAAGUUUAUAUUUAAUUUUAAUGUUAAUGAAUCCAUUUCAUCCACAUUUAAAUGCUCAGACAAUCAUUCUGACAUAGCAGAUACUAGAUUUCUUGAAUAAAUCAUUUUACCAAACGUGUAUACCAUCGUAUCAUACUUAGCGUAUGCUGAGCUUGUUACUUUCCUUGUAACCUCCUUGUAUUGUAAUUACUACAGAUGAAUCGAUUAGUCAAUUUAGAGAAUAUACUCAAGACUGAACUUGGAUGUUGUGCGAGCACACCUUACUUUAGACCCAAGCUUCACAUAGGACCGUUUUGUAACGCAACCAUUAGUAGAAAAAGGAAAAAAAAACUAAGAUUGCCUCGUUGGGUGAUUUCGAAUCACCCAACCUAGGCAGUGAGCCCAGUUAUUAGCUCGCCCUCUAAUAUUUGAAACCUAUAGCUGGCAUUCCAAAGAAACAUUCACAAAAAUAUUGCUUCAUUAGUACAAUAGACAUUAUAAUAUGUCAAAAUAUUUUUACUCUCUGUACGAGUAUCAAUUUGUAGUUAUAAAAAUUUUAAGUGUCAAUUCAUAAGUCAAUCAAUUAUAGAAAAAUGUUCAAUUAACUACAAUGUAAGAUAUAAAUAAUAAAUAACCAUUAAUAUGUGCAGUUGCAAAACGGUCCUUGAUAAAUUUCCUUUAAUUGUGUAUUAUCUAUAGUAGCAGUAUUUGUAAAGUUGCGUCUAAUUAGUUACUUGACUAAACUUUAUUUUUCUUAAUAGACUGAGUAUUUAUUGCAGUGCUAAUUCAGCAAAAACAUGAAUCUCUAUUAUUCAACAUUGGUCAUUUCUUUAAACAAAUAAAAAUUGCAUAAAUAAAUCUCAGUCUAAACUGUUAUAAUGAUGUAGUUUAUUAAAAUACCAAUUUUAAUAUCAAACGCCUUGAUCCCUAGUGUUGAGAAUAGAUCAAGAAACAAAAAGUAAAAGUAACACUAAAACUUCAGUAACGAUUUUCUCAACGCUAGAUGGCGCUACUAUCGCGAAUGGGAUGACUAGAGGGCGCCAUCAUCGCUGUCCUUAACACAUUUGAAUCAUAAAUUCCUUGAUUUUCGAAUUUAUAUAAAGAAGUAUAUUUAAUUUGUAAGCUAAACGCGUGUUUUUAUAAAUUAUGUAGAAGGGUCGAGUGAUGGUCGCGUCAAUUGUUCCGGUCAUCUGUCUGUCACCUGAACAUGUAAAGGAAAUGUACCACGACUAAGUGGGUAGUGACUAAUCUAGUUAUUUAUACCUAUUGUUGAUUAAUGUAACUAUAUUGUAUCCAUUAGUAAAAUAUUAAUUCAAUAA